CUUUGUGGCGAAAUCAGUUGUCAACUUGUCAUAUUAUUGGUAUUGGGGUUUAAAGUUUAAACAGCCGGGUGUCCAUCUCUUCACACGUAUCACUCUGCAUUUCAAACAACGGAAUUUGGCUUCUGGGUUUCGAUAACUUUUGUUAGUUUAUACUUUAAACCCCAACCCCAUCUCUAUAUUUUUCCUCUGGUCUCCCAAGUCUCAGAGAUUCCAAUGGCUUCCUGUAGCUUGGGAGCAUUAAAUAUUAGAUUUUCAAGCUUGGACUUUGGUAGAGCAAGAGUUGGUAUUUUAAAACAGUAUGGCAUAAAAACUUGGACAGGGCGGAGGACACCACAAUUUGCGGGGGUAACAUUACGAGUUUCACAACAGUUAGAGAACGUACAAAUUGUAACCAAGUCUUCUGGAAAUGUAGAGAAUGAUUCAGAAGAGACUAAAAUUUCUGGUUUGACAAAUCAGCUCAUUCCAAAUUCAUCUGAAGUAGAGUCUCUGCUCACAACACUAUGUGAUACAACUUCAGUUACGGAGUUUGAAUUAAAGCUUGAUGGAUUUCGGUUAUAUGUGAUGAGGGGCUUGAAUGGGAAAAUUGAACCUCCACCUUCCCACAUUCCUACUCCUGUCAGUGUAAGUGCAACUGCUGAAGCACCUGAAAAUGGUUCUGUUUCUACAUCUUUAGUCAUCUCCAAGCCAGUACCUUCUUCAGGUGGUAUUCAGACACUUCUAGAAAAAGCUGCAGAUGAAGGCUUGGCUAUACUUAAGUCUCCAAGGGUGGGUUUUUUUAGGAGAUCUAGAACUAUAAAGGGCAAGCGAGCUCCGCCUCCGUCCAAAGAGAAGCAAAUUGUGAAGGAGGGCCAAGUGCUUUGCUAUAUUGAACAGCUUGGCGGGGAGCUCCCAAUUGAGUCUGAUGUAUCUGGGGAGGUUAUCAAGAUUCUACGAGAGGAUGGUGAACCUGUUGGAUAUGGCGAUGCUUUGAUUGCAAUCCUUCCAUCAUUUCCUGGAAUAAAGAAGCUUCAGUGAUUUGGCCAAACUUUCUCUUGUUCAUUCAAUGUGACGCUCUGCAGUUACACUUCGCAAGCAUUGUAUGCCCUAAGUUUAUACCAUUUUCAGUUGAAGAUGGUAUGCCUUAACUUUCACGUUGCAAUUUUGUGAUCAGCAUACAGGUUUAGUGAUUACAUUGAAGACAAAGAGCUUUGAAAAUUGUUAAUAAGUGGAAUUGAAAAAUAGAUAUGUUGAAAUCAUAGCACAUAGAUUUUUUAAUUUAUUUUUUUCUUUUAAA